AAGUUGAAAAGCACAUGGAAUGAUGUGGGAAGAAAAUCGUUAAAACUUCAUUUUUUGAGCCUUUUUCUUCCGCGAUUCAGCAUGGCUGAUAUGGAAAUAGUACGGCAGUUCAACAGCGAGUUAUCGACCCUCUAUGCGACGAAACCGCCAAUUUCAAAGGCAAAAGUCACGUCGAUAACUCGCUUGGCUUUAAAAGCAGCAAAGUAUUACAAGCAUGUUGUUCAGAGCUUGGAAAAAUUUGUCCAAAAGUGUCGUCCGGAGUACAAAGUCCCAGCGUUGUAUGUGAUUGACUCAAUAAUUAGGCAGUCCAGACACCAGUUUGGAGCGGACAAAGAUGUUUUUGGACCCAGAUUUGGACGAAAUAUCACAAACUCUUUUCAAAACUUCUUCAAAUGUUUACCAGAGGAACAGAGCAAGCUUAUAAAGGUUCUGAAUUUAUGGCAGAAGAACAAAGUAUACACACCAGAAGUCAUACAACCUUUGCUUAACAUGGCGCUCACUGGACCCAUGACAGAAAAUCAAGGCAAAUUGAACGAAGAUGUAAAGGCUGUUCCUGCUGACACAACUCAACCUGUUGUGGAUCACAUGACACAGCACCACGCAUCGGAGGAGUCUGUUGCUAUGGAAACCCCGCAGGAGCAAGCGUACAUUGCUCUGCUCCAGCAACAACAGGAUGAACAGAUGCGCCACAUUCGGGAACUCGAAGCUCGCUUGCAACGGCAGCAAAAAAAGUCUCAACAAAUACAGGAAGGGCAGCCACCCCACGCCCCUCAAUUGCAAGGGCAUGAUCAGGGGGGUGCGGCAAAAUUUAAACUCCCCACUGAAGUGUUUGCACAGAUCCAAGCAUUGACCGGCAUGGUCAACCAGCCGGGGUCGAACCCCCCUGAAAGUUAUAGAAGUGGACAGUAUUCAGGGGGGGAAGAAAAUUAUGAACAGACCACCAAUCGUAGAGCAUACGAGGGGAACAAACGCCCUGAUGAAUAUGCUGAACAACAGUAUGAUUCCCAAGAAGAGUUAUACCCUCCUGGACGGUAUGCUGGGGCUAAACAACAAAUCACGAAUGCGAGUUACCAGCAGUCAUUUCGACCUGACUUUGAUGAGCAAGGGAACAACAAUUAUAUCGCUCAACAGCAGCAUCAAGAGUUUGUGGAUGACUUUGACUAUGGCGAUGAUCAAGAUGAUCAACAGCGUAUUGAAGAAAAGAAACGGCAGUUAGAAGAGGAAGCCAGCAGACUGAAGACCUCAAGUUCUUUCAGACAAGAUGAUACAAUCAAUGCUCGCCAGCGGAUGGAAGAACAGUUUCGACAACAGCAACAAAUUACCAGCAACGUUCCACCCCAGGCCGUCCCUGAAACUCGGCCAGUGCCAGAAACACUUCACCCAAAGAGUGAUUCGGCUAUUGCAGCCUUUCAGCCAUCGUUCACGGCGCCAGGCAAGCCGGCCCGAAGUCGCUCGAGAUCGCCUCGGGAACGAAAACACCGCGACAGUGACCGAGAAAAUGCCAGUUAUGGUGACAGAGACCGUGACAGGGAUCGAGGGCGCGAAAGGCAGACGGACGGUUCUGAGCGAAAUCGACAACGGAAUCGUGGUGAACGCGAGGAUCGUGAACGAACACGCGUGGAUCGUGGAGACCGAGAUAGACCACGCGAAGAUCGGGACAGAUUGCGCUCGGAUCGCGAGGGUCGUGAUAAAGCGCGUGGGGACCGUGAUAGGGCACGCGAGGAACGCGAAAGGCCACGCGAGGAGCGUGAAAGGCAACGCGACGAACGCGAAAGGCCACGGGAGGAUCGCGACCGGUCACGCGAUGACCGCGAAAGGCCACGCGAGGAACGGGAGAGAUCGCGUGAAGAGCGUGGAAGAGAAUCAGAUAAAGAGAUGCAAAUAAAAGAAACGCCUUCAGAGGAAAAGAAGGAAGUGAAAAAUGAAAAAUGGAUUCCUCCAAUUAAAGAGGGACACGUCAGUGUGUGCAGUCGAACUAUUUGGCUUGGCAGAAUGCAUAGAAAUACGACGAAAGAAACGCUGGAAGAAAUGUUUGAAGAAUUUGGCAAAGUACAGAUUAUUGAUAUGAUCCCGCCCAGAGGAUGUGCUUAUAUUCAAAUGGCCGAACGCGAGGCCGCAUAUUAUUCUCUUUCAAGCAGGCAUAUUUUGAAGCAAAAUUACAAGCUCGCUUGGGCUCCAGCUAAAAGUGCAAAAGAUUACAAAGAACACUUUGACAAAGAGCUUGGAGUGACCUACAUACCUGCUGCUAAACUCCAGGAGUCUAAGGAUACCGUCUCGUCGCUUUCUGAAGGCGGCUGGAUCGAUCCCAGAACAAUCCCCGAAUUUUUACAUAAAAAGGAAGAGGCUUCUGCUGCAGCUUCGUCGACGACGGGGGCCGAACAAGCACCGGGGGUAUUAGGAACACCUCUAGGGCCUCCCCCUUUCGCUGGCAUGCCACCCGGCGUGCCUCCAGGAAUACCCCGCUUCCCUCUCGGGAUCCCGGGAAUGCCUAUGCCCGGCGUUCCACCCCCGGGGAUGAACCUUCCUAGGUUACCGGGUAUGCCGUUUCAGCCGGGUAUGGGGAAUAUGCCCUUCCAACGAAUGCCCAUGAACAGCCGAAUGCCAUUCAUACCUGGGGUUAAUCCCUUUAUGAUGCCCGGGAUGAUGCCGCCAGGGAUGCAACAGGGUGGGGCCGUGCCAGGCAUGCCGCCACCCUUCUUUAGAGGGCCACCUCCAAUGACUGGUCCGCCUCCCACGAGCGUUCCAGCCGAUGCUAGUGCACCUCAAGAUGCUAACCAAACUGAAGUCAGUGGUCAAGCCACUGAAGGUAAUCUUGCAGCCGGAGCCGAGUCGGGGAAUGGGCCACCUGGCGAGAGUGCUCCGGCGGUCCAGGGUUCAGUCGAGUCCAGUUUCCAGGGUAAUCAAGUUAGCCAAGAAGGUCAGGGCGUAUCUGAAAGCCAAGACGGGCAGCAACCCCAAGUUCCUGAACAGUUUGGUGGGCAAAACGUGGGUCCAGCUGGCGUGCCUCCCUUUCAAGGGCAAGUCCCACCCCCCUUCCAAGGGCAAGGUGCGCCUCCGUUCCACAGUCAAGGUGCACCCCCAUUUCAAGGGCAAGGGCCCCCUCCAUUCCAAGGGCAAGGUGCACCUCCCUACGCGAAUACCCCUCAAUUUCAACAACCCUUUCAAGGACAACAGGGUCAACCUCCAUUCCAUGGUGACCAGCAAUAUCAGGGACCUCCUUCCUACCACGAACAAGGCGGUGGUCAGUGGGCCGCCCACCAGGACGCUCCAGAUAACCAAUGGAGACCCGAGGGUCGGUCUUGGGGUCCCGAAGGUGGCCAACGCAAUGAUAACUGGGGUAACGAUGAUGGACGAUGGGGUUCCCAAGGCGACCAAUGGGGGCACCAAAAUGAACAUUGGGAGCACGAGGACAGGCGGUGGGGCCGCGGGAAUGAUCGAAGGGGAAGACGUGAUAGGCGUAGCCAAGACGACUGGGGCCAUGACGAGCCGUACGACCGUCGCAAGCGUGGUCGUUUUGAUAACGAUUGGGGGCCACCUCAUGAUAGGCACCAGGGACCACCUCAUGACAGACACCAGGGGCCACCCCAUGACAGGCACCACGGUCACGAUCGGCAUCGAGAUCCUCCGUUUGACCAUCGCGGACCAGCUCACUUCGGUCGCGAUAACCCACCUAGAUUUGGACCACAAGGGCGGGGGCUGCCCCACAUGGACGAACAGUCAUCCCAUGGGCAGCCCUGGAUGCGCGAGGAGCCAAGAGGUAGGUGGGGUGAAGAUGAGACAGGAUACAGAGGCAACACCAUGGACGAACGACGCGGGUUUGAGGCGGAGCAGAAAGCUGAUGGGAAUGAUGCGAAUGGCCCGAGUGACGGUAGUCAUGAUGCCAUUCCUUCGCUAAUGGAAAGCCAGGUAAUAGAACCCCCGCAGGCGGUAGAGCCGUCAGUUGGGGAGUCCACCAUAGAACAAACCCCAGCCUCCCAAGAGGAAGUGGCUAAAGGCUGGGCCGAAAUAAACGAACUCAAGGCAAGACUAGCUAUGAAUAAGAACCAAGUUGGGGCACCCAAUGGUGCGAUGGCAGACCAGGCUCAAGGCGAUAUUCCCGAGGACAGUAAUUUGGGUAGCAGUGAGCCAGAAAUUAAGACUGAGCGAAUCGAGCAAAGUGUUGAUGUUGGACAGGUGGGAGCUUCGGGCGAGACAUCAGGAGAAGACAUGUCUGCAUCCUCGCUUCAACCUGAAGGUAGUGCUGUAAAUUUGGAGGGAACACCCAGCCAGGAGGAAGCUGUGUGUGUGAAAACAGAACCAGCUGACGAAGGUAUCAGUGAUGGACAGAGCGGGUCCUCGGGCGAGAACCCUGCAGAAAUGGUUGAACCGGUAGUAGAUAAGACAGAAUCGACCGACCAAGGCCUCGGCGAGGAUGCCGGUCAGAUUUCAUUAUCGGGUGAAACGACAUUUGAAGGUGAGGCGAUCGCAACCGAUGAAGCUAAAGAAAUUCAUGGAAACGUAGAAAUUUUGCCUGAGGUUGAUCCGAGCAAAAAUGAGCCCAGACCAACAGUUACCGCUCCAGAAACCUCGCUUGAAGAAAAAUCUGAUAUUACCUCCACGACUGCCGCUAGCCAUGAAAAAAUGAAUGAGGGUGAAAAAAGCAUUGUUAAAAGUGACCAAGAGGUGGAAGGAAUUGUAAGCGAACAUAAAACCACUGAUGAAGCUUCGGAGGUUGGAGAAACGUCUAAAACAGUUGGCGAGGAAAAAUCAGGGGAGUUAGGUGAGGGAAAAGAAGGAUCUGAUGGGGUAGAUAUGGGAUCAAGCGAGAUCAACACGGAAUCACAGUUGGGAUCGAAGGUUGAUAAGGUGGAAUCGAAUGAGUGUGUGAUGGGUUUGGGCGAGAUGGAGUCUGCCAUAGGGCUAGAAAGAGACAGCUUAGGAUUGGAAGACGAAAACGUGGGGUCAGAGAUGGCCUCCAUGGAGAUGAAGGCGGUGUCGGACGAAGGUGAGAUAGGAUCAGUCCAGACAAGCAUAUCUAAGAAUGUAUCGGAUAUGGACACAGACGUGGAUAACGUUGAGACAGGUGAGACUUCAUCACAAAAAGAAGAAAUGGAAUUUCCAGCAGAGGUCCAAAAUAUGGAAGAAACAUCGGCACCAGUUGACAGUAUCUCUGAAGAACGCGGAGCAGUCGCAUUAGCGGAUAAACCAACAGAACUUAGUGAAGUUUCAGAAACACAGGUGAGUGAAGAUGGAGAAAAGGACGGCGUUGAACUCUCGGAAACUCUGACCGAACCUGGAGCUGAAAUCCCGCACGAAAUUGAUAUUAGUUCGAAUGUCAACCCUGUCGUGACAUCCAAGCUGGGUAGCUCAACUACCUCGAUUGAUACGAAUGAAACCGUGGACGAUGGCCGUGAACAAACUGACGAGGUUGUAGAGACUUGAGGUCCUUUUCAUGAUAUCCUUUGACGCAAAUUGAACUAGAUUAAGUUUGAUGUAGUCUUUUGACAGUGCCGCCGUGAAGAAGUUAUAAAAUCUGCAUGCUCGGGUCUGUAAAUAAGGUAUCUAAGAAUCGUUAGGAGCUGUGUUUUGACAAUUUUUUAUACGCCCGUCCGUGCUCAAAGCUGUGCUAUGCGUGCUGGGAAAAUUACCUUGCGAGGAUACGAACUCCAUUUCGUGCUAUUGUGCGAUCGUGGAAAACGUUUUUUAAACAAUAAACACUCAGUUUUUAUUCAAAGAAGAUUUGCAUUCGAAAAUGGAAAUAUUGGAUGAUAAAUGAGGAUUAAAAUGUUGGUAAGCAGUAUUCGUUCAGCGUUUCAUUUGAAAAAACCAAAAAUUUUUGGGUGGUAAAUUAGGCUGAAAAUGUUUGUAUACAAUUUUUAAGCUUUACUAAAAAACUCCUACUAUAUUUCUGAAAAACUGCAUUCGAAUACAUAAGAAACGCCAAAAUUUGACCUAUUUCUUGAAAAUAUUCUACAAUGUUUUCUAUUCAAGUUGCAGAAAACUAAUGUGUUUCUAUUUCCUCCAAUGCGUCUAUUUUUGAUGUGAUUUUCUUUGUAUAAGAACUCUAAAUUAUUCGAACUAACAACAUUAAAGCAUUUACAUAUUCGUAAAACUGAUUAAUAAAUAAGUUAAUAAAUAACCCUAGUUUAUACGUGAACCAAUUACAGCACGCGUAUUCCGUAGAUUUGUUCUACAAAAACAUUAAUAAAAUCGGAAGACAGUCGAGUAUUAGUUUAGUUUCUAGACAUGGAAAAUUGAAAGUAGUUUAGAAAUAGCAGGCGGAUAGGUCGGCAAGAUUAAUUUCAAGGUAAAUUAGGAUCUUUAUUCCUAUCCCAAAAGUCCGCCACAACCACUUGCCAGGUAAAAGUAUAUGUGGCCUGAAAAUCUACGAAUAGGUAAAUAUUUUACUUUAGUCCGUUUUUUCCCAAGAUUGGGCAAUGCGUUUUUCCUAUUAUCGUGCUAAGUGGUACUUUAUAUCAAGUUACUUUGCUUCGGUAAGUCGGGUUUUGCGCUAAAAGUAUAAAAGACCAGCGUAUUAAAAGCAUGAUUCACUAAUUCUGCUUCGCUUUUUAGCCUAGGUUAAAUUUUUGUUUCGUUUUGUGAUUUAGAUGUAUUUUUGCAGGAUUUCAUUUUAGAUCUAAUCUUUUUAAGACUGAAUACAGUCAGAACAAACGGCUUCAAAGGUAUGUGACAAUUUAUACAUGUACCUUUAUUCAGUUUACCGCAAGAUGAAUAGUAAAGCAUCAGAAUAGAAUUGUAUUCGAGUUCUAUAUGGUGAUAUCGUCCUAUAUUUAAAUAUUAUCAUUGAUGGACCUUCUGUCGGGGAUUUAAAUGAAAUAAUACUCCCAAGAGACAAUAUAAUUACAUCAUCCCAAAGGGGAUAAUAUUUUAUUGAAUUUGCCGAUUGGAAGGUGAAGUAUAUAUUGACUCGUUUACUAUCGCGCGUGAGGCGUCCACGCGUGCUACAAGCAUACCCGGAUACUAUUGUAUACGUGCUAUAUAGUUCUGUACAUCUCAUUGCAUUUUCCGAUCAUAAACGAUGAAUAAGUAUGAAGCUGAGGUUUCCCCGAUUGCGAUAACGACGUUUGAAUCCCAAAGUUAAUUUUACCUAGUUCUAGCCAGUUCAAGAACAAGCUAAUCAAAUUUUACGCCUUACGGCUAGAAGUUGUGUAUACCGAUUGUAUAUAUAUAAAAAAAAUAGUUUUACCAUUAACUUGUGGCAGUAUAAGCUAAGCAAAAAAUGUAUUUUGAUAUAACUAAUAGCACAAAAUCUUGAAUAAAUAUUUUUGCCGUAAGGCUGAGUUCUAACGAUUCUAAGGCAACGCAGGAUUUUUUUAAAUGCACGAAAACCACAGGAAUAUUUUGAAAAAGUUAAUUUUGCAGUUGUUGUACCACAUUUGAUGCAAACUUAAAAGCUUAUCUAUAAACAAAUAAUACAACUUAAACAUAAAAAUCAUUUACAUUUCGAAUUGAAUAUCGUGUAGUGGGUCUAUUGUCCCAAAAUUCCUCAUUCUGUAAUAAGUAAUUUUCCUGAACAGAACUAAAUAAUUCCGACGCAUAGCACAGCUUUAGCCAAUGGGCAAUUACUCAAUCAACUAUCGUGUGCGCAAAAACCUAGCUUUGAGUUUUUGGGGCGCGUUUCAAUAAUAUAAAAAUAAGGCAGUUUAUAGACCUGUUAUAGUAGACGACACCUUGACAGAGUUCCUAAUUCGAAAUAUGAUCACACGACCUUAACUCGUUUAUUCCCUGGCAAGCACGCCGCAACAUCGAUAAUUAGGGGGGGGGGCACAUAUUUAUAUAUAUUCGAGUUCAGCCGUAUUGGUUUCUUUUGAAAUCGAUUGUUUUUACGGUCUGUGAACUUGAAUAUAUGAAUAAAUGCCCCCCCCCCUAAUUAUCAAUCUUCCGGCGUCCCUGUUUCCUGGUUAAGGCGAAAAUGCCAAUUAAAAUAAAAGCCAUUAUUAAUGAACCUUCAGCGACCCAGAACAGAGAAAAAACUUUAAGAUUGAUUUAGAACCUAAGGUUCGUGUGAUGUAAUAAUUCUUUCGUAUUCAGCCUUUGAAGUUCAUUAAUUCUAGCAUUGUUCCAGAUAGAUAGAACUGCCAUAUUCAGUGUAUUGUCAGAAUCUGACAAGCGCACUGUUAAUGGUUUGGGGAAUAUAAGCAUAUCAAUAAGCGUAAAUAUAAAUUACCGGUAAAGUUUUGCUGAUAAAAAUUUUGCCAUGAAUUAGUUUAUUUUGACAUCGUUUUGAGUUUUCAAUCACAGUUGGCUUUUCGUAUCAUAUGACAAAAAUUGAAGGUUUUGCCCACCCAGUCCUGUAGGGAAAAAUUGUCGUGCUUUCUUCAACAAAAUAGCAAAAGUUGAUUAGAUUUGUGUAGAGUUUGAAAGUCUGUAAUAUCAUGCACACUGCUAAAUGUAGCUUGUAAUAGUCUGUAAGGUAUGUUUUGAAAUGUAGGCUUAU